AUGGCGAAAAAAUCAGAUAUAGAGACUAAAUCAUCAAUAGUACUACAAAGAGCAUUCAGAAGGUGGCGUUCAAAUUGGAAUGAAACGCUAAAUGUCUUGGUUUGGGGAAUAAUGCAAACUAGGGAAAAGGCUGCGAUAAUUCUACAAAGGUGGUGGAGACGAUACUUAUCAAUCAACAGUUUAUAUAAUAGUCAGAAAUCAAUAUAG